AUGGCUGUAGGGAGGCCUGGCGGAGGCCCCGGCGGCGCGGAGGUGACGCGUCAGAUGUUUUCCCCUAAAUCCUCCUUAGACACAGAGACAGAAGAGGAAUUGUCUGGGGAUGGGCUGGUUUUGCCCAGGGCUGGCAAACUCGAUGAGUUCCUCAGUCCAGAGGAGGAGACAGAUGGUACUUUGGACUCAACUGGGAGUUCUGAAACCCUACAGAUACUAAAACAGAAAGGCAGACAGUGUCUUUUGGAGUCUUUCUUUCAGUCUGACCCAGACAGAGAUGAAAACUUCUCUGAAGAUGAAGAGGACCUGGAGAGUUUCUUCCAAAACAAGGGCAGGGGGAAGCCACAGGCCCAGUGUCCUCUGUCUCUGAGGUGUGGCUCCACAAGGCGCUGCAGCUCCCUGAGCAGCCUUCCCUCCGACAUUCCCGGGUCUCAGACCCAGCAACCCUCAGCCUCCAGGCCUCCCUCCUGGCAUAGAAGUAUCAGCUCCUGGGCAGCAUCUGUCACCGUCCCUCAGCCGUUCCACAUGAUGCUGCGUGAGGCCUGGAAGAAGGCCCAGUGGCUGGCCUCACCUGCCUCCUUCGAGCAGGAGAGGCAGCAGGCCCACAAGCAGGGCCAGGAGGAGGCCGAGUGCUAUAGGCAGUUUCGGGCACAACCUGUGCCUGCACAUGUCUACCUGCCCCUCUACCAGGAGAUCAUGGAGCGCAGUGAGGCCCGAAGGUGGGCAGGGAUCCAAAAGAGGAAAGAACUGCUCCUGUCUUCUUUGAAGCCUUUCAGCUUCCUGGAGAGGGAGGAGCAGCGAAAGGAAGCUGCUCGACAGAGAGACUUGGCUGCUACGGUGAAGGCCAAGGACCCUAAGCAGAAGGCCACCAAAAGGAUCCCCAAGUCCGUUCUUAAACCAGCACUUGGGGACAAACUCCAGGAAGCCGAGCUCUUCAGGAAAAUUCGCAUCCAGAUGAGGGCCUGGGACCUGCUCCAGAUGGCCUCCUCCCCUCUUGUCUCCUCUGGUAGCAGGGCUGACCCACAGCCCCGCACAGCCAGCCGAACCCGGGAGGAAAGGCUUGGGUUUCUGCACACAGACUUUGGAUUCCAGCCUCGGGUGAAUCCUGUGAUUCCUGACUAUGAGGGUCUCUACAAGGCCUUCCAGAAGAGAGCAGCCAAAAGAAGGGAAACCCGAGAGGCCACUCGCACCAAGCCCUUUGUGCUGAGGACUGACAGCCUGCGUCCUGCCCAGCGACCCUAUGGUGCUACCACCACUAGACAGAGGAAGGAUUCCCCAAAGCCACCAGCUACACCACUACCAAGGAGUCGCUCUCUAAGUGGCCUUGCUUCCCUCUCUGCCAAUACCCUCCCAGUGCACAUCACGGAUGCCACCAGGAAGAGGGAAUCUACUAUCAGAAGUUCACUUGAAAAACAGGACAAAGCAGAUGAGAGUAUUCAGUGGUUGGAGACACACAAAAAGAUGUGUCAGACAAUGUCAAAAUCUGUGACCUUGCGUGCAAAAGCGAUGGAUCCCCAUAAAAGCUUGGAGGAGGUGUUCAAAGCAAAGCUGAAAGAGAAUCGGAACAAUGACCGUAAAAGAGCAAAAGAGUAUAAGAAAGAAUUGGAGGAAAUGAAGAAGAGAAUACAAACAAGGCCCUAUCUCUUCGAACAAGUUACCAAGGACCUUGCUAGAAAAGAAGCAGAACGACGGUAUCUAGACACCCUGAAGCAGGCUGGACUGAAGGAAGACUUUGUGAGGAACAAAGGUCAUAGCACCCCAGCUGCACAAGGGAAGAAGGAGACCAAAGCCAAGGAUUCUCCCAGCAUCCAUGAAACUACAGAACUCAGCACCAGGGAUCCACAGCAGGAUUUAGAACCUCCAGAACAGCCUACAACCCCCAAGACAGGAGGAACUGUCUUAUGAAUCAAUAGACAAUUUCAAAUUACUUGCUUAAUCACUACAUUUAUAAUUACUGCUUUUGAACAACAUUAAGCAGCGAACUUGGGUUUGAGUCUGGGCUAUUGCUAGAGAAUGGGGAAAAGAAGAAUAACAGAUAAGAGGGAAUGGUUUGAGGAAAUCAAAGUGGAGAAACUCAGGUAGAGGAAUCAGACUUAGAGUUCAAGGUUCUUGCCUUAUGCCUCACGCUUAAAAGAAUAGGUAUAAAAAAAGAGCACAAGCCCAAAUGUCUAUAGGCGGUAGUCAGGAUACAUAAACAAGUCAAAUGGGGUGGGUGCAGACAAGUAGGAGAUAGGAGAGACUGGAAAGUAUAAGCUCUGCUGGAAUACAGGCUUAGAGUUACCAAAUCAACCACAUUUUCAUCAAACCAGAAAUUUGCAUGUUGGUAACUAAUUAAAAAGUUAUUUAGAAAUACUGUAUGGGCAAAACAGCAUAUCUGGUAUACCAGAUUUAGCCCAUGGAGGAUGACAAAUUUGUAGUCUCUCAUAUAGGGUUUCUUAACCUUCAGCACUACUGAUAGUCUGAGCCAGAUGAUUCUCUGUUGAAGGUUAAAGAGGCAACUUUCCUGUACACUGUAGAAUGUUUAGCAGUAUACUUGACCAUCUGUGUGUGUGUGUGUCAGCAUGAGGUUAAUUUUAAAUAAAUCUAAAACUUUUCUGACAGCCAGGAUUUCCUAUUAGUAAGCAAUCUUUGGAAUACUUCUCACCAAUAAUAAUUGGAUAUCCUUUCUCAGUAGCUGUAAAGACAGGGUGACAGCAAGACUGCAUCCUCUAACAGACGCUUCUUUCUUCUGUUUUUUGAAAUGUCUCUCUGGAAAAAUUCAGAAGUAUCUGUUGUUAUUGCCAUUUUCCCAGACUCAAACCUGGUCUUUACAUGGGUUUGCUGGUAAGAAAUGGAAAUAUUCAUGUCGUUUCCUAAGAUUUCUCAGUUCAGUUUUACCUGCAUAGACGCCUAAG